AUAAUUGUUCAUAUCAUACUCAGCCUCAACCAAUAAUUGUUCAUAUCAUACUCAGUCCCAACCAAUAAUUGUUCAUAUCAUACUUAGCAUCAACCAAUAAUACCCAAUCUCUCACAACUUCCCAUUACAUAUGAAUAUCGUGAUUUCGAUAGUGAUACUAACUAGUACUACAGGAAUCUCGCCGUGGCCYCUUCCCKUCUAUUCAGCUACAAAAAGUGGUGUGAUUGGUUUCACUAGAGCAACUGCCGUUUCACGGGUAGCUGUGGAAAAGGGCAUACGAGUCAAUUGUCUGUGUCCCCAUGGAACAGACACUCCCAUGGCCAAGAAAGCACUGGAAGAUUUCCCUGAGCUUGAGCAAUCAUUGAUGAAACCAGAGGUUAUUGCUAAAGCUCUGAUUCAGCUCAUUGCCGAUGACUCCAAGAAUGGCGAGGCUCUGGUUAUACUUGACGAACAGACGUCWGGUUACCACCAGUUUAACAAAUUGGGUGUAUUCAAACCUAACUGAACGUGGACAAACUUAUAAUAUCUACUAUCUAUCCUGGCUGCCAUCAAUUUAACACCCUGGUGUAUUCAAACCUAACUGAACGUGAACAAACUUAUAAUAUCUACUACCGUAUUUACUCGAAUAGACGCCGCGGCGUUUAUUUCUUUUUUCACGAUUCGGGAGCGGCGUUUAUUAAAAAGACACUUUAUUCAGUACUACAUACCGUACUUUAUAUUGUAUCUUUUUACUAACAAACAGUAACGAAUCUCCAUAUAUAUGUCGUGUUCAUUUUGUCUAUUCAAUUUAUGAUUUUAACCAGAGUGAAACUUCUAUUUCAACAUCAAUGUCCUCCUGGUGGUCGGAAUCUAACAGCUGCUGAGAGCAAAGAAGUACAGUCACUUCGAAAUAAAAAAUGCUUUAAAAGAAAAUAAAUUCACAUUGCUGGUAUCAUAAUUUCCUCAACUUCACGCCGCACCCAGAUGCGGCGUCUAUUCGGGGGCGGCGUCUAUUAAUAUUUUGAGCUUUAAGUGCAGCGUCUAUUUGAGGGCGGCGUCUAUUCGGUGGAGGCGUCUAUUCGAGUAAAUACGGUAUCUAUCCUGGCUGCCAUCAACUUAACAACCUGGUGUAUUCAAACCAAACUUAUGUUAUUAGUAUUCUUUUAAUGAAUGGUUAAAGACAUUUUGACAUGUUUUCAAUUUUACCAUGUACCUCAGUAAAUUUCUUUUUGUUUUAAUGAUAAAGUUCCGGAGAAUCCACAAAAUCAUUCCCUAUUUGAURGUUUUUGCCGAUGCGACCGCCAUUUUGAGAUUAUGUCAUGAUGCAAAGGCACAAAUUGUUUAGAAAAAAAACCCUACUUUCUCCUUCAAGACGACAGAUUCAAGAUGGCGGCCAUAUUGGCAAAAAGUCCUUGAGGUUGUAAACCUGGGCUAAAUUUCCUACUGACAUUACCAUAGUAACCUUUACAAACUUAAUUUCACAAGAAUUACCAGAAUAUUUUCAAGAAGUAAAUAAUGUUUUUACAAUGAAUAAAAAAAGGAAAUAUCGUUUUAACUUUUGCAAAUAAAUAAAGAAAUUUCAAAGUC